AUGUCCGACAACGUUGGUCUCAACACCCCUCGAGGCAGUGGCACCUCAGGCUACGUCCAGCGCAACCUUGCUCACAUCAAGCCCCGGGACUAUGGCGCCCCUUAUCCCAAGGACCUCGAUAGCUUGAGACAUAAGCAACGACAACCAGACAAGGGAAUCUUGGAACAUGACCGCAAGCGCGAGGUCGAAGUUAAGGUUUUCGAUCUCAGAGACAAACUAGAAGAAGAAGAGGUCGAUGAGGAUGAGAUUGACAAGCGCUGCGAUGAGCUUCGACAGAAAUUGCUUGCCGAGAUGAACUCGGGAAGACGAGGAGGAGGUCCCAAGAAGUCAUUCAAGCAGCACCAGGUUCACGAGAUGGCCGAUGCCAAAAUCAAAGAGAGCGAGCGGCUACGGAAAGCAUUGAAUAUCAGCGCUGACUACGAGGAGGGUGGUCACUGGAAGCGACAAGAAGAGAGGUUACGCAGCGCCUUGGAGAAGGAGGACAAUGAUGAGGAAGAGAGAGGGAAAUCACAGUGUGGUCAUAAGCAGAUCCAACAGAAUAUGUCAUGA